AUGGAAGAGAUAAUCCAGAAGUGUUCCUUUGAUAAAUGGUAUCCAAUACUCAGAGAUGAUACUAUAAGAUCAAAAAUAAUUGAACUUCCUGAUGAUUUUAAAGAAUUUUUAUUAUUCCAUGAAUUCAUAAUUGAAGAUGGAAAGUUCAAGGAUUUGGAAAAGCGUGUUAAUGAUGCUAUUGAUGAACUUGGUGGCGUUGCUUUCCCCAAAUUAAACUUUACUGCUCCGACCGAUUCUAAUUGGAUAGGUUUUGGCAAAUCAAUUGAAGUCAGAUCGUUCAAGGAUCUCGUUUACGUCUUUAAAGCAUCAACAAGAAUGCUUAUUGAUAUUACAUGCCCAUUCAAUGUCCAAAAUGUUGAAAUCAAGCCAAUAAUUGUUCUUAAGAAAUGGUUCAAUUACAAAGUCAAUAGAGAAUUUAGGAUCUUCAUGCGCGAUUCUGAACAUUUCUUUGUAUCAUCACGUAAUAUUAGCGUUCCUUACUAUCUUACUCAGGAAGAAGUCAGAGAAGGUGCCCAAACAAUGGUAAAUCUCAUUUCCCAGAAGAUACAUCCAUAUAGAAUUAUUAUUGAUUUUUAUAUCAGCCCCAAGAUGAGGCCACAUGUCAUUGACAUUGCUCCAUGGACUGAUGUUACAUCUCCUCUCCUCUACAGCUGGUCAGAACUCGAACUUUUGGCCCAAACAGAAGUUAGACUCACAACAGAUUUAAAUGUUCAGCCUCCUGAAGAUGCCGCUGUUCCAAGUGAUAUGGCAGAUGGAAGAAAAUUGGAAGAAAUAAUGGCUUCUUUGAAAGAAUUCAAAGAUGAAUUUAAUGACAACGUUCAUGAUAAAUUUCCUGAUGACCUUAAGAUCGAUGAUGGAGAAUAA